GAGAGAGGGUCCUAUGAAGAAUGAAUAAGAGCGAGAGAAAGUAUGAAUGCAAUGCUUUGACAAUACAAAUGUACUUUUAUCAUGUCAGUAAAGUGAACUUGAGAAAGAGAGAAAGAGAGAGAGAGGGAGAGAGCAAGGCUAAAGUCAGGGGGGCAGCUGGGAGAGAGAGGGAGAGAGAGAGAGAGAGAGAGAUUAUGAGAGAGAGGUGCAUGUGAUGAGGAGGAGAAGGAGGUGCAUAAUAAAACCCCUUCAUGCAGAGGCCCAGUCAUUUCUUUACUCUGCCUCUCUCUAACUUCCCUCUGCAGUGGAGUGUAUCUGCCAUGUCUGCGUCCCCUCUCUCCUCCAGGCUGCUCCUGCUGGGCCUGACUGCUGCCCGCGCAACAACAUGUGGACGCUUCCGACAGCCUGGCUGCAUUUUCAGCAAUGCUAGAGGAGUGAGCUCAGGCCCAGCACUCAGGGCAGAGGAGAGGGCAACCAUUCACUUCGUAAAUCGUGAUGGAAAGAGAAUCUCAGUGAACACUUUAACUGGAGUUUCGCUGCUUGAUGUCGUUGUCAACAAAAAUUUAGACUUUGAAGGAUUUGGUGCAUGUGAAGGAACGUUAGCCUGCUCUACAUGCCACCUGAUCUUUGAAGAGAAGGUCUACAAUAAACUCAUGGCUGAUACCUCCAUAUCUGAUGAGGAGAUGGACAUGCUGGACUUGGCCUAUGGGCUGACGCCCACGUCUCGGCUGGGCUGCCAGGUGUGUGUGAGUAAACUUCUGGACGGGAUGGUCGUGCGUGUGCCUGAGGCAGUGACUGACGCUAGGAAGACCAAUGACAAAGACUCCGCCCCUUGAAGUCCCACCCCCCUCUGUGUUAGACCACACCUCCAAUUUAGACCCUUUUCAUGUUUGCACCAAAACAUAGUGAAAAAAUGACCAACCUUGUUCUGCACAGACAUAAAGAGCUCAGCAGAUGUGAACUGUCUGAACUGUGACGUUGUCAUCAACAUGAAAAGUGGCCAAAGAAAUAGCUUCUUUGUUAUACUGUUAGAAUAGUACAACAUAAAAAUAAGUAGAGCUCUAUGAGGACUUGAAUUGAGUGGAAGGUAAAAGGCACUGUAAAAUAUAUGUUGCUGCUCAAAAUGAAUAAAAAAACCAUGUAACUAUUGUCUAUAGAUCCACAAACUACAAAUAUUGACUCUAAAUGUAUCAAAUUUGAGUGAAACCAAAUCAAAUAAUGUA